CACUCUGUGUGGGGAAGAUGAGAGCCAGAGCAAAGGUCAGAGGAUCCAUCAGAGACUCAAACCAGAACCAGAACCAGAACCCAGCUGUGUGUCCUUUAAGAGCGACAGGUCAAAGGAUGAUUUUCUUGACUUUAAAUCUCCUGGAUCUCCACCAUCAGAGAGGAUCCAUCAGAGACUCAAACCAGAACCAGGACCAGAACCAGAACCCAGCUGUGUGUCAUUUAAGAGCGACAUGUCAAAGGGUGAGAUCAUUGACUUUAAAUCUCCUGGAUCUCCACCAUCAGAGAGGAUCCAUCAGAGACUCCAACCAGAACCAGAACCAGAACCCAGCUGUGUGUCCUUGAAGAGCGACAGGUCAAUGGGUCUUCCCAUUGAUUUUAAAUCUCCUGGAUCUCCACCAUCAGAGAGGAUCCAUCAGAGACUCAAACCAGAACCAGGACCAGAACCCAGCUGUGUGUCAUUUAAGAGCAACAGGUCAAAGGAUGAAUUCAUUGACUUUAAAUCUCCUGGAGCUCCACCAUCAGAGAGGAUCCAUCAGAGACUCAAACCAGAACCAGAACCCAGCUGUGUGUCCUUUAAGAGUGAUAUGUCAAAGGAUGUGUUCAUUGACUUUAAAUCUCCUGGAGCUCCACCAUCAGAGAGAGUGGACCAGCAGAGCUCAGAGGUUAACAGUGGUAAAUCUGUCCAGCAGCAUCAAACACAGCUGGACACCUUAUUUAUGCUGCUGGAGGACAACAUUGUCACUUUUGUAAAGAAAGAGUUGAAGAAGAUACAGAAGGCUCUGACUCCAGAUUACCCAGAAUGCUCAGAGAGUCUGAGAGAGGAUGAGGAGAUGUUGGAAGGUGAGGAAGGAGAACAGAGGAGGAGCAGCAGAGAGGCAGUGAUGAAAAUCAUACUGAACGUCCUGAGGAGGAUGAAGCAGGAGGAGCUGGCUGACCGUCUGCAGAGCAAACAUCUUGCUGCAGUUUGUCAACAUCAACUUAAAUCUGGUCUGAAGAAAAAGUUCCAGUCUGUGUUUGAGGGGAUUGCUAAAGCAGGAAGUCCAACCCUUCUGAACCAGAUCUACACAGAGCUCUACAUCACAGAGGGAGGGACUGGAGAGGUCAAUGAUGAACAUGAGGUCAGACAGAUUGAAACAGCAUCCAGGAAACCACACAGACCAGAAACAACAAUCAGACAAGAAGACAUCUUUAAAGUCCCACCUGGAAGAGAUCAACCAAUUAGAACAGUGAUGACAAAGGGAGUGGCUGGCAUUGGGAAAACAGUCUUAACACAGAAGUUCACUCUGGACUGGGCUGAAGGUAAAGCCCACCAGAACAUCCAGUUCAUAUUUCCAUUCACUUUCAGAGAGCUGAAUGUGCUGAAAGAGAAAAAGUUCAGCUUGGUGGAACUUGUUCAUCAUUUCUUUAGUGAAACCAAAGGAAUCUGCAGCUUUGAACACUUCCAGGUUCUGUUCAUCUUUGAUGGUCUGGAUGAGAGUCGACUUCCUCUGAACUUCCACAACAAGGAGAUCCUGACUGAUGCUACAGAGUCCACCUCAGUGGAUGUUCUGCUGACAAACCUCAUCAGGGGGAAACUGCUUCCCUCUGCUCUCCUCUGGAUAACCACACGACCUGCAGCAGCCAGUCAGAUCCCUCCUCAGUGUGUUGGCAUGGUGACAGAGGUCAGAGGGUUCAAUGACCCACAGAAGGAGGAGUACUUCAGGAAGAGAUUCAGAGAUAAGGAGCAGGCCAGCAGAAUCAUCUCCCACAUGAAGAAAUCACGAAGUCUCCACAUCAUGUGCCACAUCCCAGUCUUCUGCUGGAUCACUGCUACAGUUCUGGAGGAUGUGUUGGAGACCAGAGAGGGAGGAGAGCUGCCCAGAACCCUGACUGAGAUGUAUAUCCACUUCCUGGUGGUUCAGACCAAAGUGAAGAAGGUCAAGUAUGAUGGAGGAGCUGAAACAGAUCCACACUGGAGUCCAGAGAGCAGGAAGAUGAUCAAAUCUCUGGGAAAACUGGCUUUUGAUCAGAUGCAGAAAGGAAACCUGAUCUUCUAUGAAUCAGACCUGACAGAGUGUGGCAUCGAUAUCAGAGCAGCCUCAGUGUACUCAGGAGUGUUCACACAGAUCUUUAAAGAGGAGAGAGGUCUGUACCAGGACAAGGUGUUCUGCUUCGUCCAUCUGAGUGUUCAGGAGUUUCUGGCUGCUCUUCAUGUUCAUUUGACCUACAUCAACUCUGGUGUCAACCUGAUGAAAGAAACACAUACAUCUAAGUAUAUAUUAUUUAAUAAAUCUAAAAUAAUUUCUCUCCAUCAGAGAGCUGUUGACCAGGCCUUACAGAGUCCAAAUGGACACCUGGACUUGUUCCUUCGCUUCCUUCUGGGACUUUCACUGCAGACCAAUGAGAGACUCCUACAAGGUCUGCUGACACAGACAGGAAGUAGCUCACAGAUCAAUCAGGAAACAGUUCAGUACAUCAAGAAGAAGAUCAGUGAGAAUGAGUCUGCAGAGAAAAGCAUCAAUCUGUUCCACUGUCUGAAUGAACUGAAUGAUCGUUCUCUAGUGGAGGAGAUCCAACAGUCUCUGAGUUCAGGAAGUCUCUCCACAGAUAAACUGUCUCCUGCUCAGUGGUCAGCUCUGGUUUUUAUCUUAGUGUCAAAAGGAAAAGAUCUGGAUGUGUUUGACCUGAAGAAAUACUCUGCUUCAGAGGAAGUUCUUCUGAGGCUGCUGCCAGUGGUUAAAGCCUCCAACAAAUCUCUACUGAGUGGCUGUAACCUCUCAGAGAGAAGCUGUGAAGCUCUGUCCUCAGUUCUCAGCUCCCAGUCCUCCAGUCUCAGAGAACUGGACCUGAGUAACAACAACCUGCAGGAUUCAGGAGUGAAGCUUCUCUCUGCUGGACUGAAGAGUCCAAACUGCAACCUGGAAACUCUCAGAUUAUCAGGCUGUUUGGUCUCAGAGGAAGGCUGUGCUUCUCUGGCCUCAGCUCUGACCUCCAACCCCUCCCAUCUGAAAGAGUUGGACCUGAGCUACAAUCAUCCAGGAGACUCAGGAGUGAAGCUGCUGUCGGCUGGACUGAAGGAUCCACACUGGAGACUGGAAACUCUCAGGGUGGAGCCUGCUGGAGUCCCAUUCUUGACACCAGGUCUGAGGAAGUAUUCCUGUCAACUCACCAUCGACACAAACACAGUGAACAAAAAACUCAAACUGUCUGAAGACAACAGGAAGGUGACAUGUGAGGAGCUUCAGUCAUAUCCUGAUCAUGCAGACAGAUUUGAUCGUCCUCAGCUGCUGUGUAGAACUGGUCUGACUGGUCGCUGUUACUGGGAGGUCGAGUGGAGAGGAAGAGUUGAUAUAUCAGUGAGUUACAGAAGAAUCAGGAGGAAAGGAAUCAGUACAUACUGUAGGUUUGGAGGGAAUGAUCAUUCCUGGAGUCUGAGAUGCUCUGAUGAUGGUUACUCUGUCUGGCAUAAUACAAGAGGAACUCAUCUCUCCUCCUCCUCUGUCUCUAACAGAGUAGUAGUGUAUGUGGACUGUCCUGCUGGCAUUCUGUCCUUCUACAGAGUUUCCUCUGACUCACUGAUUCUCCUCCACACCUUCAACACCACAUUCACUGAACCUCUGAUUCCUGGAUUUUGGUUCAGUUCUGGUUCCUCUUCAGUGUUUCUGUGCUGAAUUUAGUCUAAAGAGUUUCUUCCUGUCAAAGAAACUCUCUCACUGUUGAACAGAUCCAUAGAAAUUGCUUCUUCUUCCAGUCCUUUAAAGAUGGAAGCUGGGAUUAUUCCAGGAUUUUUCCAGGAUCCAUAUGUUGUUUUUCUGUUUUCAGUCAAAGAUUAUUUUAAUUUACUGCAGUUUUUCUCAAUCACUGGACAUUUUCUGUUUCUGUCAGCUCCUAUUUUCUUAAAUACAUCUGGGAUUGAAAUGUUAAAUGAUCCUUUUGUGUAUUUGCUGCAGUUAUUCUUCAUGUUUUUUAGUGAACAAUAUACACAUUUUCUUCUGAAUUUGGUUCAUUUGCUGUUCAUUCUGUUCUGUUCCUGUUUAAAUCUCAACUCUGACUUUCAUAAAUACCUUAUUUACAGUAAAACAUUCCCAUCUUGAAACCAGUUGGUGAAGGUCUUGUUAGAGAUUUUUUGGUAUUAUCAUUUUAUUCUUACUCUAGUUCACAUUAAGUCUAUAGAUCUUUGUGAUUUUCUGUUUAAAGUGUUCUCUUCUUUAAAUGACCUGGAGGUCACUACUGUCUGUUCAACUUUACGAGAAAUAGAUAACACUAAGUUUCUCAGACCUUAAAUCCUUUUACAAGAACACCUCCUAAUUUAGUAACUACCUGUGAGCAGUCGUAUUUUGUUUUCUUGACAGUACUGACCGAGAUUUGAACCGGGCUCAGACCUUUGAUCAGAUAUCACAUCUGGAGCUGGGUUGUUAGAUGUUUGGGUUAGAAGCUUUACGACCUCUGUUGUCUUUCUGACUGCCCCCUUGCCUGUUCUUCUUUGACAAUAAAAACAGGAGUUUUUGUGAGGGCAGAUCAGAACGCUCUGUAGAACUGAUCGGAGGAGAGGUUUGAUAGAGUGUUCUCCUUUUGCAAAAGCUCUACAUAAAAUUCA